AUGUACACCCCUUGGCGUCAGAUCAAAGCGUUAUGCCACUUUGAGGCAUUUCUACGUCUUGAGGUUCUCGUAUUCGGUCACUUUGCUCGUUCGGUUUCAAACGAUGCUGGACGUUUUUCGACGUCUCCUAAGCUGAGCAAUUUUAAAGGCAAAGUGUUUCCACGACUUUUGAAAACUGUCAUUUCUGUGUUCGAAAUCAGAACCUUUUCGAGUGUGGACGCCCAAGACGCGACGAUUAACCUUCAGACCGAAAUCCUGUGCCUGUUUUCGCUGGCUGGUGACCGAAUUCCGAAUUUUGUUGAACACUACGGCCCUUUUGAAGAAAUCGGUCAAGAAAUCAUGCUCAAAAUAUCUUCAUCUUUAAGCAUUGACUCGUUUUUAUAG